AUGCGCGGCGACCGUUGCCGGCUUCUCCAGUACCAGACGCGCCUGGGGGACGUGGUGCGGGCCUACAAGAGCCUGCUGGCCGAGAAGGAAGCCUUGGAAGCCAGCUUGAAAGUCUUGUCCGUGUCCCACGAGACCGACGCGGGCCUGGGUGGCCCCCCGCCCCCGGGCGCUGCCCACUCCGCUGUGUCCCUUGCCGACUGUGCGGAUGACCGGAGUUCCGCGCACAGCGAGGACAGCACGGGCACGGCCACCAGUGUGGACACGGCUGCCAGCUUGGCCAGUGCCAAGGGUGAACUGGGGACAGACGAUGAGCGAACCGGAGCUGGGGGGCCCCCCCUGAAAUCGGAGGAGGCGAGCGAGUCGGAGAGUGGGGUCAGCACGAGCAGUGGGGAUGUGCCAGGCGCGGCUAGUGAGACUGACAAAAGGGUGCUCCAGCUGAAGACUCAACUGGCCACCUUAACCAGCUCCCUGGCUACAGUCACCCAGGAGAAAUCCCGCAUGGAAGCCUCGUACCAAGCAGACAAGAAAAAGAUGAAGCAGGACCUGGAUGAGGCCAGUAAAAAGGCUGAGGAAGAGAGGAGCAAGUUGGAGGCAGAGAUGAAGUGUGUCCAGGAGCAGCUGGCAGAGACCAAAGCUCGUCUUAUUACUCAGCAACAUGACCGGGCCCAAGAGCAGAGUGACCAUGCCGUGAUGCUGCGGGAGCUGCAAAAGCUGCUGCAAGGUGAAAGGACCUUGCGCCAGGAUGUGGAGCUAAAGUUGGAGGAGACUAGGGAAGCACUGGCUGGAAGGGUGUACAUGGCAGACCGAGUGGAAGAGUCUGAACUGCAGACAAAGCAGCUGAACAGGGUGGUGGAGGAGCUGAAGAGAGAGCUGCAGGCCGUGCAGGAAACGAGCAGCAAGCCAGAUCCCAGGCUGCAGGAGCUACAGGAGGAGAUGGCCAGCCUCAAGAGUCAUUUUCAAGCACAGCUGCUGCAAGAGAUGAAAAAGACUGCACAGGCAGAAGAACAGCUCCGUCAGCAUGCCCAUCGAGUGGCCACCAUGGAAAGCCAGGUCUCCGAGGUGUCAGAGCUGCUUGGCACGUAUGAAAAAGCCAAACAAAAAGACCAAAUGACCAUUCAGAAACUAAAGGAACGCAUUGUGCAGCUAGACCUGGAAAAUAAGACUUUGGCCAUCGCUGCUUCCAGCCGAUCCCCGGUGGACAUUCAUGUUGAGGAGACCAGCCUGGAUGUUAAUGUGCUGAAAGACAAAAUGGAGAAGCUGAAGAAGCUGCUGCAGAUGGCAUCCAAAAACAGUCAACCAGCCCUAGACAUAGAGAAGCUCUGUGAGCUGGAGCUGCCAAAGGGCACCGAGGCUGGUGAUGGGGAGAAGGCCACUGCUCUGUAUUACCAACAAGAGCUGAAGCAACUGAAGGAGGAAUUUGAAAGGUACAAGAUGAGGGCACAAGUGGUCCUUAAGAAUAAGUCAGCCAAAGAUGGCAACCUGGCCAAAGAGCUAGAGGACGCUCAGGAACAGCUGGCUGAUCUGAAGGAGAAAUACGUUGCACUUCGACUUUCCUGCGAAGAGAUGGAGAAGCAACAUAGGCAAGAAAUGGAAGCCAAGAAGCAAGAAGCAUCCCUCCUGCAGCAGCUCCACAGGCAAGAGCUAGAGAAGUGCCAGCUGGAUUACAGGGAAAGGGCACUAAAGCUGGAGGAAGAGAUGCACAAGCAGCGGGACAGAGCACUAGCUGUGCUGUCAGAGAAGGACCAAGAGUUGGAGCAGUUGAGGUCAGUAGCCGUACCUUACGGGCUUCAAGGACCCAAAAACUACCUACCACCAGGCAGUGACAUGAGCAGUGAUGAUUUAAUGAGUGCAGUCUCUUCUGAGAACCUCACCCAGGCUCUGCAGCUUGCUGCCACCAAUGAGCCCACUUUCUUUCUGUAUGCGGAGCAGCUGGCCCGGAAAGGAGUAGAAAUUGUAGCCCUGAGGAAACAGAAGCACAAACUGGACGUGGAAGUUCACCAGCUCCAGGAGAGACUUUUGGUUGAGGAGGAGAAGCAUAGGGAAGAGGUAUCCAUCCUUCAAGAUCAUAUCCAGAAAAAUGUAAGGGAUAAGAGCAGAGAGGGAGCCAACCUGGAAUAUCUCAAGAACAUUGUCUAUCGAUUCUUGACUUUGCCAAACUCAUUGGGCCGUCAGCAGACACUAACUGCCAUAUUAACUAUACUGCACUUCAGUCCAGAGGAGAAGCAAGUUAUUAUGAGACAUUCAGCCAACAGCAGUUGGUGGCUUUCUGGAAAGAGAUGAGAACCAGGGUCUUGAUCAUAACUAUUUCUAUGGUGACAUGUUCCAGUUUCCUGGUUGUAUGAGAGGAAACAACUGUGCUACUCAGGAUCUCUGCACUAGAGCUAUUUGUGUCUGUUAAAGACACAGGAGCCUUCAGCCAAGCACUGGGCUUUUAGACUAGUGCAAUUACAGUGGGCCAGAAAACAAACUGUCAUCUCUGUAAUGCCACUAGGACCACAAGUUUCUAUGCCACAAGGAUUCAUGCUGGGUUAAGACUUCAUAGAAAGAAGUUACCACUGAAGAUACCAGUAUUUUUAAUCAAAUGUCCUUUUAUAACCUGUCAAGUAUAGAAUGGGGGAAACUUACUAAGUUAGAUCACUUGCUUGGGUCUUAAAACUCUACAUGGGCUCAAGGCCUAAAAAAUAAAAGGAAAAGCACUUAACAGA